AUGAGUAUGAAGACAAUGUCGAUCAAGCAGAGCAAGGAGUUUGCUCGCCGCAAAGCUCGGCGUAUUGGCGAGCCGGAUGACGACGACGACUUUCUUGCCAGAGAGAUGAUGGAUGAGCGUCCUCGGCCUUUGCCUGGUCAGUUUGAGAAUUGUGAGAAUUGCAACAAACGGUUUACGGUCACUCCAUAUAGCAAGACAGGGUCCAAGGGCGGUCUUCUUUGCGCAAAAUGCUCCAAGGAAGUUGGGGACCAGGAGAAGAAAUCACAGCCCAAGAAAAGAGGACCACGGUCUGCUCGACGCCAAAACCAAAGUGAUCUCCUCGAUGGAAUUGCUCAGCAUGGCGCUCUUAGUCUGGCAGAGAUGUGUACCAAGAAAGUCGCGGAUAACAUCCAGGAUAUAACUGAAUUCGGGGACCUUCCAUGGCAGCUCCUUCAAGGAUUGAGCCAGAUUCUAUCGAAGAGGCGAGCGAUAACUCCCAGGACACUGGACCUCUUCCUCAGGCCUGACCUAAGCUUCAUUGAUAUAUAUGACUCAGGCAAACUUGAGGCGAACGAUUUCCAGAAGAUUUUUGCAUUCAUGCCCGCUUUGACCAGGGUCAAUCUCCGUUUCGCAGGACAGUUGAAAGACAAUGUCAUAGACUAUAUGCUUGAAAACCACCGUAUCCAGCAUUUACAACUAGAUUCCGCGAACCUGGUAUCGGAUUCGAGUUGGCGAACAAUGUUCGAGAAGCUGGGGCUCCAGCUUGAAAAUCUCAGAUUGUCGAAUCUGGAUUCUUCACUAGACGAUGAAUCUAUCGAAAUCAUGUGUAAUGCUUGCACAAGACUUCGGCGGUUGAAACUGACCCACUGUUGGAAGAUGUCUGAUCGCUCUCUUCAGGCCAUCUCAACGCUCCCGUUGCUGGAGCAUCUGUCUUUGGACAUGCUUCAGGAAUCAAAGACAGAGAACCUUGUCGAAUUGGUGUCCAAGACUGGUACAAAAUUGCGGACUCUAUCCUUACAAGGUUUCUCAACAGCUGAUGAUACACUGCUCGAGAUGAUACAUGACAAAUGCAGGCACCUGUUCAAGUUUCGAUUCUCUGACAAUGCUACUUGCACAGAUAGAGGCUUCACUCAGCUUUUUGAGACAUGGUCGAAUCCGCCCCUGGAAAUCGUGGACCUCUCAUCUACUCGGGACAUAGACAACGCGAACCCUGACGGGCCUACGGAUGCCACAGGCCUCGCAUCGAAUGGAUUCAUUGCUCUAAUGAAUCAUUCUGGCUCAGCAAUUCGAAAGUUAAACAUUGCCUCAUGUCGCCACAUAUCAUACGCGGCAUUUGAUCAUGUGUUUACCGAGGGUAAAAGCUACCCCAAGUUGAGAGAGUUGGAUGUCUCAUUCCACACCGUCAUGGAUGAUUACCUCAUGGGCCGCAUUUUCCAAUGCUGCCCAGCUAUUCAACAGGUCGUUGCAUUUGCCUGCUUCAGCGUGCGAGAUGCUCGAGUUCCUAAAGGGGUGUCCUUGAUCGGCGGUUUGCGUACUCAAGACCCAUUCCUCGAAGAGGCAUAA